AUGGUGGAAGGAUUCCUCAAGGAAUACAUGAAAGUCAACGAUGUUGUCGGCACAGAAUUGCACACCAUCGGGAAUCGAUUCACCGGCUUGUUGUCCGAUUUACUCGUAAAGCAUAAAGCUUUAAAAGGAUACUUUGGAGAUAAACAACCAGAUGUUGGCCUUGGAAGCUCAAGUCACCAUGACCAUCAGUUUAUCUCCUUAUGCAAGGAAGCCUAUGUGGUGGAUGGCAGAAACAUUCAAAGCAGUGUCAUGCCGAGGGACAAGUACCCGAAACCACUUAUAUUUCACGAGGGAAGGCUAGCUUUCUUGCCCACUCCAUUGGAAACACUUUGUAUGUUCUUAUGGCUUCCAUUUGUGAUAGUUCUCGUCAUUUUCAGGAUCCUCUUCGGCAUCUGCUUGCCUUACUUGUUAGCUAUACUUUACGGUUUACUAAGUGGAGUUCAACUACGAUUCCAAAACUGUUUCCCUUGGCCAAAACCACAACAUAAAAAUGGAGUUCUAUACGUUUGUAUGCAUAUAACACUUUUGGACCCAUUUUUCCUCAGCACCGCAUUGUGCAAACCAUUGACGGCAGUGACCUACAACUUGAGCAAAAUGUUUGAAAUCAUAGCUCCAUUCAGGACAAUCGGGCUGACCAGAGACAGGAAACAAGACGGUGAAACCAUGUAG